CCAUACACGUGUUGUGCUGCUCACUGCUGCCUCAGUUCUCCCCCAGCCCAAGGUCGGACCCUAAAUCCUGGGCAGGCCCAGCGUCCACAUGUCCAUCUGUCUGUUUACCGAUUUGCCUGUGACUAUGGGUCGACGCGCCCUGCUCUGGCCACGGCAGGUGCAGGGUUAAGGCGGGGGGGAGAGUUUCCCUAGUCGGGAGGGGGGACGAGGGGCGGACCCGGUCCAGCCCCGCCCCUCGCCGAGCCAAGCCGGAGCCCCGCCGGAGCCCCGUCGGAGCCUGGCCUCAGCCCCAGCCAGAGCCGGCACGGAGCCGGAACCGCGGACCCCGCGCCCCGGCAGCGCCGGAGCCCCGGCCGGUGAAGGCAAGGUCCCUGAACUGGUCAGACACUCCCUGUGGCCCUGAGUCAAGAUGAGGCCCCAUCAUGCCCCUCAGUGAGACCUGCAGCCUGAGCAGAUAGUAUGGCCUGUCACAGGAGGUGAACACCAUGGCUACAGGCGGUGGCCGGGCCUUUGCUUGGCAGGUGUUCCCACCCAUGCCCACCUGCCGUGUGUAUGGCACAGUGGCAUACCAGGAUGGGCACCUGCUAGUGUUGGGGGGCUGUGGCCGGGCUGGACUGCCCCUGGACACUGCCGAGACACUGGACAUGGCCUCGCAUACAUGGCUUGCACUGGCGCCCCUGCCCACUGCCCGGGCGGGUGCAGCUGCUGUGGUGUUGGGCAAGCAGGUGCUAGUGGUGGGCGGUGUGGAUGAGGGCCAGAGCCCUGUAGCUGCCGUGGAGGCCUUCCUGGCUGAUGAGGGCCGCUGGGAGCGUCGGGCCGCCCUCCCUCAGGCAGCCAUGGGGGUUGCAACUGUGGAGAGAGAUGGUAUGGUGUAUGCUCUGGGGGGAAUGGGCCCAGACACGGCUCCCCAGGCCCAAGUUCGGGUAUAUGAGCCCCGGCGGGACUGCUGGCUUUCGCUACCCUCCAUGCCCACACCCUGCUACGGGGCUUCUACCUUCCUGCAUGGGAACAAGAUCUAUGUCCUGGGGGGCCGCCAGGGAAAGCUCCCAGUGACUGCUUUUGAGGCCUUUGAUCUGGAGGCCUGUACCUGGACCCGGCACCCAAGCCUGCCCAGCCGCCGGGCCUUUGCUGGCUGUGCCAUGGCGGAAAGCAACGUCUUUAGCCUGGGUGGCCUGCAGCAGCCCGGGCCCCACAAUUUCUACUCCCGCCCACACUUUGUCAACACUGUGGAGAUGUUCGACCUGGAACACGGGUCCUGGACCAAGCUGCCCCGCAGCCUGCGCAUGAGGGAUAAGAGGGCCGACUUUGUGGUUGGCUCCCUUGGGGGCCACAUCAUGGCCAUUGGGGGCCUUGGCAACCAGCCUUGCCCUCUGGGCUCUGUGGAGGGCUUCAGCCUUGCACGGCGGCGCUGGGAGGCCCUGCCCACCAUGCCCACAGCCCGCUGCUCCUGUUCUAGUCUGCAGGCUGGGCCCCGGCUGUUUGUCAUUGGGGGUGUGGCCCAGGGUCCCAGCCAAGCUGUGGAGGCGCUGUGUCUGCGUGAUGGGGUCUGAAUGCCUGAUGGGAUGUGUCAGCUGGGGCAGCGCAUGCCAGAGGCACAGGUCUGUGGCUCCUUUUGCUGCUAAAGAAGCUCACUGUGGCUCUGUGGGAUGAGGGAGGCACAGGGUCAGGGACUUGAGACAAAUGUCUCAAAGGGUGAGGGGACUUUGUCUUUAGUGCAGGACACAUAUGCUUAUACCCACCUUUAUCCCCAUUCAUUCAUGGACCAUGCCUAGCUCCACACUUGCUCUGGAACUACUGGGCCCUCUGUCCAACUGGGAAGUGGGAAGAUGGGAGAGCUGGCCUCAUGCCCCACAGGAUUAGUGCCUACCUGGAGUUGACCAGGCUCACCCCAAUAGCUGUUCCUGAAAAAUCCUAGCUGUCAGCCACCUUGAAGGCCUCUGUGGCCCCAGGAGAGUUCAGACAGGUCAGAGGACACAGAGGGAGUGGAGGAGUGGAUGUAGGAACCUCCAGAGGACCAGAGGAAUAUUGGCUUUGGGCCCUUUACACUGUUGACUGUGUGAUCUUGAGCAAGUCAUUUCACCUCUCUGUGCCUCAGCAUCCUCAUCUGUAAAUGGGGAUCUCUGAAACCUUCCUGCCCUACCUACCUCACAGGGCUGUUGUGAGGACCCAGGAAGUUCAGAUGUGAAAGUAAAAGUGCUGCUAAAAUCCGG